AGGGCUCAGGCGGAUCCGCACUUCCGAGAAGCGCCGCGCUCGGCGCCCGCACCCGCCGUCAUGCCCCGGGCCGCGCUGCCUGCUCUCCUGCUGCCGCUGCUGGGCCUCGCCGCCGCCGUGGUCGCGGACUGUCCUUCAUCUACCUGGGUUCAGUUCCAAGACAGUUGUUACAUUUUUCUUCAAGAAGGCAUCAAAAUAGAAAGCAUAGAGGAUGUCAGAAAUCAGUGUACUGACCAUGGAGCAGACAUGAUAAGCAUACAUAAUGAAGAAGAAAAUGCUUUUAUACUGGAUACUUUAAAAAAGCAAUGGAAAGGCCCAGAUGAUAUCCUACUAGGCAUGUUUUUUGACACAGAUGAUUCAAGUUUCAAGUGGUUUGAUAAGUCAAAUAUGACAUUUGAUAAGUGGACAGACCAGGAAGAUGGUGAGGAUCUAGUUGACACCUGUGCCUUUUUGCACACCAAGACAGGUGAAUGGAAAAAAGGAAGUUGUCAAGUUUCUUCUGUGGAGGGAACCCUUUGUAAAGCAGCUAUCCCAUAUGAGAAGAAAUAUUUAUCAGAUAACCACAUUUUAAUAUCAGCUUUGGUGAUUGCCAGCACAGUAAUUUUGACAGUUUUGGGAGCAAUCGUUUGGUUCCUGUACAGAAGAAAUUUGGAUUCUGGUUUCACCACAGUUUUUUCAACUGCACCCCAAUCGCCUUAUAAUGAUGACUGUGUGUUGGUAGUUGCAGAAGAAAAUGAAUAUGCUGUUCAGUUUGACUAAAAUUUUGGAAAUCUCAGAUUAAGACAUCAAAUACCUUACAGUAAUUCUUGUGCAAGAUUUUAACAUAAAACUUGACAAUGAAAAUUAUAGCUUAUAUGGUAUAUUUCGUUAUUCUAGUAACAUUAUUCUCAUGUAAUCACCGUGACAAAAACUAAUCUUUAGGAUUAUAAAAACACAGUAUUAAAAAAGGAAUGAUCUUAGAUAUAGUGGUUUUAACAACUUCUCUCAAUGCACCUUUCACUUGAAUGAGGAAAGCUUAAAGCUCAAUAGUGAAGCAGAUAAAAACAGAAACCCAGUCUACUUGUCUUACCUGCUUUAUCUUCCCUCCCACAGAUGAACCACCGUGGUUUAUAGCUGAGUUAAAAAAAAAAAAAAAAAGAUUCUACCACUAUAGUUUUAGCCAUCACUACUAGGUCUUGAGCAAUUUCUAGGUCUUGCUCCUUUGUCAAUAGGGGGAAUACACCCGACUUUUAAAUUGAUCCUAUACAUUUAGAUAGCA